AUGAGUUCUAUUAGAGAAGAGCAAUUGCCAAGGGUUAUCCUACCAUCUGUUUUACGGCGUUCAACAAUUUUUUCAACAAAAGAAAACUUACCUAAAUCAACUCAAAUAACAAAAGCAAGAAGAGUUACUCAAUUACCUGCAAAUAAUGUGAGCAAUACUUUGAAGCGACCUAUAUAUGCUGCGGCAAUUAAAACACCUGGCACUCAUGCUCAUACAACUGUAAAAAAGCCGAUAGAAAGGCUUGGAACUCUUACUACCACGAGAAAAGAGGCUUUAAAAAAUUCUUCACUUGUCAAAUCUGUACCGCAAUCUACAUUAAACGCGUCAAGAAUUCAACCGCCUCAGGGUAAUAAAAGUUUAAAUCGAACAAUUUCUUUUGCAAGGAACAACAUUGGGACAAAAACUACAAGAUCAGGAAUUGAGCAUGAAAAUAAAAACAAAGGACCUAUUAGACUUUUUUCUAAUUUGCAGAAACCUAAUACUUUAACAAACGGUAACCCACUUACACGUGUUAAUCCAAAUCUGAAUCGUCCUUUACGUUCUAUGGUAACACCAGCACAUAAGACACAAAAAGCCGGAAUUUCUAAAGUCAAUACAAUUUCAUCUGAGAGAAGUAGGCAAACUAAUAAUCUCAAGGAUACUCAAAUCAAAUUCAAACCAAAUCCUAUAUCUCUUCAGGAAAUUUUGUCAAGUAGAACAUCAAUUGAUGUUACUAAGAAAAGAGAGACUUUAUUAGGUAGUAGACUUAAUUCAAAAUCAUCAACUACACCCGGAAAACUUUCUAUGUCCCGAUCCAGAAUGUCUUAUUCUUAUCGUGUUGAGAAACCUCGAGAAGCAAGAGCAUCAAUUAUAUCUGGUGCAUUGCGUGUUCCUAGAAAUAACGCUAAAAAAAAUUCUCGGAGUACCUUAAUAGGGAGAGAUAUGUCUUGUCGGAAAUUAUCAACUAUUCGCGAGUUAUCUGUCCGCCCGAAUCAAAGCAAGUAUAUUAACAAAAAGCCUGCUGACCAAUCAUUAGCUGUACGUGACGCGUCUCGCACGUUCACACAGAGGCUUCCAACACCGGCACUUCGACAUACAACAACUUCCGUCAUUGACCAAGAUGAUCGUACACAACGAAAACCAUCUGAACAAAAUUUGACCGCUAUACAAGAGGUGUCUUUGACUCGACAAGUAAUCAAUGCACGACAGCCAGCACAAGUGGGAAAUUCCGAAAGAACAGUUGAAUCUCUGGUGAAUCCAUUGAGAAGAAUGAGUAUUCGUAGACUUUCAAGAAAAUCUAGCCUGAUAAAUGAUAACACAUUUUCUCAAUCAAUGAAUUUACCUUUAUCACAACAUUGUAAUUCGUUUACAUCCAAUAAUAAUAUAUUGCCAAAAGUAUGUGUGGAUGAAAAAAAAGUUACUCCCAGCAAUAAGGAAAACAAUAGUCAACAGAACAUAAACAUUUUAACUUCAGCAGCAACCCUUAUGCUGAGACGACCGACCCAAAUUACAAAUCAAGUUCCAAUUCGUGCUUUGAAUGACGAUCAAAAAACGCCAGCAAUUAAGGAAAUUGGAUCUCAUAAAAAUGACGAUUUACUUACCCUAGCUGCAUCUAUUCCAUUGCCACAAAGUCCAUAUGAAGAUAGAAAAAAAGUUUAUUUAACAAGAGAAUCUUAUAGCAAUAAUAAUUUCUCGAGCGAUGUUGAAAAAGCUCGUCUGUAUGAAGAACUGGAAGAGCUUGAAAAGCAAUUAGAACAAGAAAUUUCAGAGGAUAUGUCAGAAAUCUUAUGA